CUUCCCCACUCACAGUUUGGCAUCAGAGUCUGCCAGCCCUGAACACUGCUGCAAUUUACUGCUGAGUCAUCACUUCACCACUGUCACAGAACAUCAUCAUCACUGCUCUUACAGGAAUAUUGCAACAGCAACCUUUUGGUAUGAGGAGAGAGGAUUCCAAGACAUAGGCAGUGGAAGAGCAGAGCAUAGUAGGUUCUUUCAGAAAAAGCUAUCUUCUUCAAAGGAAGUUCCCUGGGGUUUGUGAUCACUGGUUUGGAAACAGCAGAAUUAGCGCUCCCCACGCUUUCAUCUCUGCUCACAUGCUAUACUUCCAGAGCGCCCAAAGGAUCAAUGUUCGAAGGCAAUGGGAACUAGAAGAGACUUCUGUUGUUUAUCAUGGUGUUGCUGAAGUCUUCUGGGGUUGACAGAUGCCACUGCAGAAGGUUAAUAAGAUGAAAAAAGCUCUUCCAGCUGGACCGUAAGAGGGAUUAUGUCUGAGCAGCAGAUAAACAGAUUAUUCCAGAAACAGACACUGCUUUUUUUUAAAACUUCGUCACUCUUGUCUUACCACUCCAGUCCCCCAGGCUAGAAGUGUGUGUGUUGAAGGGGCUUGCCCAGCUCUUGCAUUCUGGCACCUGUUGCACUCUGCCUAGUUGCAAUUCAAUGCAGUCCAAGGCGGGGGACACCUGAAAAAUAAUAAGACAAAAGACGUUUGGGGAUUUGAGUUCGUUAAGAAAACAGAAUUCUUCUACUUGACUGAAAUAUUCUUAUUUCCUGCAUGAUUGCUCUUGAAAACUGUGAAUGAUCAAUAGACAGCAUGCAUUUGAAAACUGGAUUAAUAUUUUUGAUCAUUUGCCUUGCUCUCCAAGUUCAGGGAAGCAGAGAAAUUCCUAAUAAAAUAAACCAUGCUGAAGCCAAACAUCUUGCAGACGCCUCAGGGUCAGACAAAACUGAAAGAACAACAAAGAGGUCCAGAGUAUCAACCAUAAGGAGGAUAUUUGACAUGGCAAAGCACCGAACAAAGAGGUCAUCCUUUUUCUCAACUGGUGUGAAAGUUUGCCCACAAGAAUCUGUGAAGCAGAUUUUAGCCAGUCACCAAGCUUACUAUAGAUUAAGAGUCUGCCAGGAAGCUGUGUGGGAAGCCUUUCGUAUUUUUCUGGAUCGGAUUCCUGAUACUUCUGAAUAUCAGAACUGGGUUACUGCCUGCCAGAGGGAAACCUUUUGCAUAUUCGACAUUGGCAAAAACUUCAGCAAUUCCCAAGAGCAUCUGGAAAUAAUCCAACGGCGAGUAAAACAUAGAACCUUCCAGGAAAGGAAAGAUGAAAUAUCCACAGAGAAAAUAGGAGGCAAAAAGGUGGAAGAAAUUCCUUCCAUUUCUACAGGCUCCCCUGGCACACCCCUCUCUCCAUAUGCACCUAAUGGCACGCUGCUCAAUGAAAUCGUUAACGACACGAAGACUCCUGUGAAGGAGCUGGGAACAAAUGCAGUCCCUGAACUCCCCAUGGAGCAAAUGGUAGAGUUCAGUGUAACUCUCACUGAUCAGGAGUACACAGCUGAACUUAGUGAUCCCAACUCCCCAGAGUAUCAACAACUAGCUGCCAAAUUUCAGCUACAGAUGAAAAGAAUAUUUGAGAAACUUCCAGGAUUCAAAGAAAUCCGCGUAUUAGGAUUUAAACAGAAGAAGGAGAAAGAUGGAUCAAGCAGCACUAUAGCACGGUAUGUGGUGAACUUUGAGAGAGACGGCUCAGAAAUCAAAAGCACAGCAGAUGACAUCUCAACUAUUGGAUCUAAUAAAGUUGAAAGUGAAAAAAUUCCAAUUUCUCCAGUGGAAGAGAGGGAGAUAUCAGGAACUAAACUCACAGUAACAGACCUUCAGCAACUGGUUGCCAUUGCACUCCAUGAAGACCAGUCCCUGCCAAUGGACCUCGGGACACUUCAGUUUACUGAUGAAUCCAUUAUACCACCUAGUGAUUUUGAUAAUGAUAUCCAAGGCAUGGUCACUAUUCCUCUGGCAGGCCCUGAUUUGGAGGAAUCUAUGAGUGUGGAACUUCCACUAGGUUACCCCAGCCCAGCAACAGUGGACCAAAUAGGAGACACCUUGGUUGAUGAAUUUACAACUGGAAGUCCUGCUCUAAGUGAAGAAGAGAUCAGCAUCCCUGAAGAAUUUAAUAAUUUUAUUACAUCUGAACCUGAGUUCCCUACCAAACCCUCCAGAGACCCAUUUCAGGACAGAUCUCUACAAAAAGUUACUGACCACCAAAGUUUCACAGUGCCUUUCAGUGCUCUGGGGAGCACUAGCAGUCCUCCAAAAUCAGAGGUUUCCUAUCUGCCUCCUCCAGCAGAUGAAUCUGCUAGCAGUGGCUUAAUCACUGAUGGUUAUGAGUCUCCAGUGGAGCAGGCUACCACACUGGCAAUUUAUACCACAGGUAGCUUUACCCCACCUAGUCUGCAAGCCAGAGAUGAGGAUUAUGAACAUGAGGAGAAGACAGAACUGACUGAUAUAACAGAACCACCUUUCGAGGAAGCUGACCAAGACAUUCCGCCUGAACAAGCAGUUAAGAUCAUGGAAGAACCAGAAUCAUCAGGCGAUGAUGUUUUUGUUACAGCCAGCACUUAUGAACGUGCCUUUCUUAUUGGUUCAAGUGAUCUCUCUACCAUGCAGCCUGAAGGUGUUGUUACAGAUGUGCUUUCAUCAGACCAAAUAGCACCACUGCCUGCAGCAACCAGCCCAUCCUACAGCCCCUCUGAGAUCAUCGAACAGUCCCUCGAAUUACCAGAUUCCUCAGCGCCUACCCCUGAGAGUGCUCCUCCCGAUGGCACUGGGAUGGGAGUGCAGGAUAUCGUGCACGAGUUGGAUCACAUCGGUGGGCUGAGCACAGCAGCUCUGGAUGAAGGGGAGCACGGCAGCGGUUAUAUCCCAGUGCUGACAACUAAGCCUGCAGAAACCACCCCAGCUCCUACGCUGAAAUAUGUAACUACCAGCUCCAUGACAACUGCAGGCAAAGGCAAAGAGCUAGUGGUUUUCUUCAGCCUGAGGGUAACCAACAUGCACUUUUCUGAUGACCUCUUCAACAGGAGUUCGACAGAAUACAAAGCACUAGAACAACAGUUCAUGCAAUUGCUCCUUCCAUACCUUCAGUCCAACCUUACAGGUUUCAAGCACUUGGAAAUACUUAACUUCAGGAAUGGAAGUGUGAUUGUGAACAGCAAAAUGAAAUUUGCCAGGACAGUGCCAUACAAUAUCACAGAAGCAGUACACUGUGUUUUGGAAGACUUCUGUGAUGCUGCAGCCCAACACCUCAAUUUGGAGAUUGACAGCUAUUCCUUGGAUAUUGAGCCAGCUGAUCAGGCAGACCCAUGCAAAUUCAUGGCAUGUGACAAGUCCGAAUGCAUAAUGAACGAGUGGACAAAGGAAGCUGACUGCCUUUGUAAACCUGGUUAUGCCAGCCAAGAUGGAUUGCCCUGCCGGAGCCUGUGCGAGCUGGAACCGCAUCUUUGUGUCAAUGGUGGGAAAUGCGAGUUAGUUCCAGGAAGAGGAGCUGUCUGCAGAUGCCCUGUACGUAGACACCAGCUUUACCAAGGACCGUGUGCCAAAUUUGCUCCAGAACCCACACAACCCUUCAUUUCUAAACCUCUCAUUCUUGGCUUACUAAGCCUUGCUUUUCUUUUCAUCAUUUUAAUUAUUAAGUUAAGAAAAUGCAAAAGAAACUCUAAUUUGCAAAGGCCUACUCUCAGCAGCUGCAAUUCAGAAAAUGCUGUAAGGAUUAAUCGCUUUGAACACGAUGAACCCAUAUCUAGCUUUUGUCAGGCUUGCAGUGUAAGUGCUUGUCUCAGUUCCUCAGAGAUCAUUGACCAUGAAGCGUUACACGAACUUGAAAACACAAUUCAGCCUGGAGGUAAAAUGCAUGAAAAUCCUUCUCUUACCCCUCAGCAAACAGCCCCACCUGAAAAACAGGUCCAUCUUCAAGUAUUAACUCCACAACUAAAUCAAACUUGAACCUAUUCUCUCUCUUGGCAACUUCAGAACUGAAAAUACUAACACAUUCAUUGCUUCCCACAUUUACUGCUGUGUAGACUUCAUAACAGGACUACAGAACUGCUUUCUCACAGCUCUUGCAUGGCUCUGGUGGUCCAUCCUAUCUGAGUGCUUUUUGUGAUUUAGUGAAAUAAUC